AUCAAUUCAAUCAUGAAGUCGUUUUUAUGUGAAGUUUGCGGAAAAUCGUUUUCCAAAAAUUUUAAUUUGAAAAGACAUAUGAAAAUUCAUACGUCUUUAAGGGAAUCGGUUAACGGUGAAAAUAAAAACUUUUGCUACGUGUGUGAAAAAAGUGUUAAAAAGGGGCAGUGGAUUGAUCAUGCUAAAACCAAUACUCAUUCGGAAUUGGUUAAGCAAUUAUUUGAGAAAAUGGAUGGCUCGAAAGAAGCUGCCCCUGCAAAAAGAUUAUGUGUGGUGUGUGAUAAAAAUGUGAUCCCAUGUCAAUGGAAUAACCAUUUGAAGAGCAAGGCACAUUUAAAAAUGCAACAAGAACUUUUAUUUGAAGACAGUUCUUUGGAUCAUGAAAUCUUCCAAAACGGUGAUUGCUCGACUCAAGCUGGACCAGCGAAAACGCGUUGCGAAAUCUGCGAAAAAGAUGUUAUAUUUUGUCAGUGGGAUAAUCACUUAAAAAGUAUUGAACACAUCAGUUUGAUAGAGGCCAUGUUUUCGAACGCAGAAGAAACUCAGAAGUCUGCAAUAAAAUAUUGUGAUGUGUGUGAGCUGAACAUCAAUGCAAGAGAUUGGACAAACCAUGUACGGCGAAAUGUCCAUAAGCGACUUGUUGCAGAACUCCUUUCUGAUGACUUCCUGGUGCUGAAAAGUUGUUUCAAUGGGAGAGUAGAAACUCUCAUUUAUAAAAACAAGAGUGAAGAAAACCUAAGUCCCCCUGAGUUUCUCAAUGAAGCAGAGUCAGCAAUUCUAGGAAAAUUGAAAGAUCACCUGGAAAAGUUGCAAAGUGUUAAGUUCAACUUAGAAUUGUUUGCUGAGUAUAUUAAAUUUACGUCGGAGGAUGAAAUGGAGCUAAGUCUUAAAAGUUUCAACACAAAAAUGGAAAUUGCACUUGAAGGCAGUGAUAUAAUUUCUUCAUAUAGGAAUAUGAUAGAUGAAAUUGACACGAAAAUGCAAGAAUUUCAAGAAAAAGACAGUGGAUGGGCCUUGCUGCGGAUAUGUCACGUGGAAAUAAACAUAAAUCAAUACACACCAAUCAAAGGUUCAAGACAUAUACCGUUGCCUAGUUUUCUUUCUAGAAAAAGAGCCUGUAUAAACGUUCACAACACUGAUGAGUAUUGUUUCAAAUGGGCCAUCAUCUCAGCACUUUUUAGCAAAGGAAAGAACAAUACCCAUAAACCUGAAACAUACAAGAUACGAGAUAUCAGUUCACGAACGAUUUAUAAAAAUAACAUCAGAAUUGAUUUCGCUGAUCUGCAAUUUCCUUUAAGACUUAGCGAUAUUUCUAAGUUUGAAACACUAAACCCUACUUUAAGCAUCAAUGUGUUUGGAUUUGACGAUGAGAAGAAGAUAGUAGUAGGACCCUAUUACAUUACACCACAGGAGAAGAGAAAUCACAUCAAUCUAAUUCUCUUGCAAAACGAGGGAAUUUCGCACUUUGUCUGGAUUAAAAGCAUAUCAAGACUUGUUUCAACGCAGGCGAAAAACUACAGAGGAAAAUCUUGGUUUUGCAACACGUGCUUGCUAAGAUUUAUAUCUGAAGAAAAACUGAUGACGCACAAGGACAACUGCUGUAAAAUGGUGACAAAAAUGCCCAACGACGAUAAAAAGACUGUAUCGUUUGAACAUUUUGAGCGGAAGAUGGACGUGCCUUUCACAAUAUAUGCAGAUUUCGAAUGCAUCCUCGAGGAAGUAGGAUCCCCAGGUAAUGCUAGUAGUAGUAGUAGUAUUAGUAGUAGUUUAAAUAUUCAAAAACAUAUCCCAUGCGCAGGUGCUUACUUUAUAAAAUCUUGUGAUAGUUCUCUCAAUAGAUUUAAAAUGUUUAAAGGCAGCAAUUGUGUAAAAGAUUUUGUUAGUUCUCUGAUAAAAGAUUGCUAUGAAUUACAUAAAAGAAAUUCUAAACCCAUGCUACUUUUAUCAGAAAUUGAUUUAGAAUAUCAAAGAAAUUGUCCAUUAUGUCAUAUCUGCAACAAAGAGUUAGGAACAGAUCGAGUUGCAGAUCAUUGUCAUUAUACAGGCAAAUAUAAUGGCCCAGCGCAUAAUAAAUGUAAUUUGAUUUACCAAAAACCUAAAUUUUUCCCAAUAUUGUUCCAUAAUUUCACCGGGUAUGAUUCGCAUUUACUUAUCAAAGAACUUGCUUCAUACAACGGAAAUAUUUCUUGCAUUCCUCUUAAUAAGGAGCGCUAUAUUCCUGUUUCAAAGACAUUACAUACGUUUGAUAACAGAACUAUAGAACUGAGAUUUUUGGAUUCUCUACGUUUUAUGCCUUCUAGCAUUGAUUCCCUUACAAAAGACUUAACACCAAGUGAUUUUAAAUUAAUAAGAUCUAAUUUUCCAAUUGAAGAAGAGUUUAAGCUUCUGACAAGGAAAGGUGUAUUUCCCUAUGAUCAUGUAAAAACAUGGGAGAGUUUAGAGGAAAAAACCCUUCCUCCUCAAGAGUGUUUUAAAAAUAAAUUGACUGGUGAAGCUUGCUCCGAUAGUGAAUACAAUCAUGCUAAAAAAGUAUGGACAGUUUUUAAAUGUCAGACUCUUUCAGAUUAUAUGGAGUUAUAUUUAAAAACUGACGUUCUUCUACUAGCUGACAUAUUUGAAAAUUUUAAAAUUAUUUGUAAAAGUAUUUACGAACUUGAUCCCUGUCAUUAUUACACAGCACCAGGGUUAUCUUGGGAUGCAAUGCUUAGAAAAACCCAUAUAAAGCUGGAUCUUAUUCAAGACAUUGAAAUAUAUAAUUUCAUAAAGAAGGGUAUUAGAGGAGGCAUCUCUCAAUGUUCACAUCGCCACUCAGUUGCCAACAAUAAAUAUAUGCAAAACUAUGAUGAAACAAAAGAUUCACAGUAUUUGAUGUAUGUUGAUGCCAACAAUUUAUAUGGGUGGGCAAUGUCUUGUCCUCUACCUUAUUCAUCUAUUAAAUGGGUUAAUAAUAUUCAAAACAUUGAUUUAAUGAAUAUUUCAGAUGACUCGGAAGUCGGGUAUAUAUAUGAAGUAGACUUAGAAUACCCAGAUUCCUUGCAUGAAUGUCAUAAUGAUUUACCAUUUUGUGUGCAAAACAAAAAAGUAAAUCAAUCAAAGUUUUCGAAAUUAAUAGCAGAUUUAACUCCAAAACAAAAUUAUGUUAUACAUUAUAAAAAUCUACAACAAUGUAUUAAAAAUGGGUUAAAACUCAUUCGUAUACAUAGAGUUUUACAGUUUAAACAAUCUAGGUGGCUUCAAAAAUAUAUUGAUUUGAAUAAUCAACAUCGCACCUUAGCUACGAGCGAUUUUGAGAAAAAUUUCUUUAAGUUAAUGAACAAUAGUGUUUUUGGGAAAACUAUGGAAAACGUAGAUAAAAGAAAAGAUGUUAAGAUUGUAACCUCUUGGGGGAGUCACAAAAAACGUCUAGGAGCUAGAGCUUUAAUAGCAAAACCGAAUUUCCAUAGUUUAACUAAAUUCACUGAUGAAAUGACGGCAAUUCAAAUGAAAAGAGUUAAUACUUAUUACGAUAAGCCGUUGUACUUGGGAUUUUGUGUGUUAGAGUUUUCUAAAUGGAAAAUGUAUGACUUCCAUUAUAGCUAUAUGCAACCCAAAUAUGGUAAUUGUUUAAAAUUAAACUAUAUGGAUACAGAUUCAUUUAUAUAUACAAUAAAAACUCACGAUUUUUAUAAUGAUAUUCAACAUGAUAUUGAUUCAUAUUUCGAUACUUCUGCAUACUCAGUUGAUAAUCCAUAUAAUAUUCCAAUAAAAAAUAAAAAAGUCUUGGGUAUGAUGAAAGAUGAAAAUUCUGGGAAGAUAAUGAAGGAAUUUAUUGGGUUAAGAUCGAAAAUGUAUUCUUAUUCUGUUGAAGAAACGGAAGUAAAAAAAGCUAAAGGCGUCAAGAAAAUAGCAUUGAAUGAUAUAAAUUUAGCCAGCUAUAAGGAUUGUUUGUAUAACAAACGAAUUUUUCAUGGUGAAAUGUUUGUUUUUCGAUCUUUUGCUCACCAAAUCUAUACACAACAGCUAAAUAAGAUUGUUUUAAGUCAUCUUGAUGAUAAGAGAUAUAUAAGGGAAGAUGGAGUAAGCACCUACGCAUGGGGUCAUUAUCAAAUGAAUACACAUUAAAAACAAAAAAGAAAUAUUGUUAAUUUUAAGUAAAUUAUUUUUAUUUAUUAACCUAUUUAUAUAAGAAAAAACAAAACAAAAAAAUGUUAAGCUUAAGGAAUUUUUAAAAUAAAGAACA